AUGAAACUCCUCGAAGUCGCGUGCUUCAAUGUGCAAUCAGCCAUCGUCGCAAGUGAGGCCGGUGCCGAUCGGAUCGAGCUGUGUGACAACGCUGACCUUGGGGGAACAACCCCUCCAUUGAAGUGGCUGGCCGAAAUCCAUGGCAUAGUCAAAAUCCCCAUCAAUGUCAUGAUUCGACCUCGAGGCGGUGGUUUUGUCUAUACGGAUGCAGAGUUCCAGAGCAUGAAGGAUGCCAUAAAUGCGUUCAUUUCGACUGGAAUGGUCAGCGGAUAUGUCUUCGGCGUCCUCAAGCAUGAUCGAACCGUUGACGUCGAAAGGACUGUCGAGCUGGUCCGUCUGGCUGACCCGCUGCCCUGCACAUUUCAUCGUGCCUUUGAUGAGACUACUGACCUAGAGCAAGCUCUUGAGGAUGUCCUCGGUUGCGCAAUACAUUCGAUUCUGACCUCGGGUGGAGCGUCGAAGGCGGUUGACGCACGUGAGACGCUGGCACGGCUCGUAAAGAAGGCUGCCGGCAGGGUCGUCAUAAUGCCAGGCGGGGGUGUCAGAUCGACGAACAUUGGUGCGCUGAAGGAAUCGACCAAUGCCUCAGCCUAUCAUUCUUCGGCGCUGCUAGGCUCAGACACGGUGGCCAACGCCAUGGAAAUUGAGCAGAUGAAAAUGGGAGUCCGAUAG